AUGCAUGUGCCCACGCAAUACCCUCCAAACAUGCUGAUCGAUGAUGACUUCACGUUCCUCCCUUAUGGGUUUGCAUCAACAUUCGCUCCCGAGCUGAUAGACUUCAACUCCUUGGACGUCUUAUCAGAAAACAUACUAUCCAACACUAGGAUGUCGUUUCUUGUACCUGAAAGCCUAGAACCGCGGUCAGCCGAAAUAAUCUCGGGAUUACAAGAACUUCAUCAUACUCUGGUUGCCACGAACCAAUGGUACGACGGCACCUUCGAUCUUGACACAGCAAACUCGGUGUUCUCGGCAGGAAAUCUGUGCCAAUUUGCUGCGACCUACUUCCGAGUCAGUCAUCUUGACUUUCCUAUCGUCCAUCGGCCAGACUUUGGCAGUGACUACACAACCAAACAGCUCCUCCUGGCCGUUGGACUCUCUGGGUCUCUCAGAUCACCUCCAAGCGACGACGCCCUCGCAGCCCGUGGGUAUCUCACGCUUGCCGAGGAAUACAUAUUUCGUUGCCUUGAGCGUCUGAUGCCCCCAGGCUCAGCGCCAGAGUUCACCCAUGAGCUUCAAGAAACACUACAGGCAGCCCUCAUGAUCCACUCUGUUCAGUUCUUCCGAAACGACGUAGCAUCACGGAGGAAGAAUAGAACCCAGCGACUCCCGCAGCUUGUAUCGGCCGUACGGGUUCUCGGUCUAGCACAGACCAAACAUGCUCCCAUAUUCCAAUACGAAGAGUUUGUACGCAAUGAGUCAAAAAUCAGACUAGCCAUAUGGACGGCGCUGGGAGACUGGCAGCAAUGCGGCAUGUUCAAUACACCGCCGUCGAUGACGCCUGCAGAGUUGACUUGUGAUCUGCCAAGCCCCUUGGAACUUUGGGAUGCCAAAGACGCGGCGGAGUACUAUGAAGCGGCCAAUGCUCUCGGGGCCGAUGGUUCCAGGAGGAUUUGUUCAGUCAAACAAUGCACCGACGCGCUGAUGGCUGAGAAUUGGGUCGGCAUGGGAAGCUUUCCGUUCCAGGAUAUCAGCGGAUCCGACCUACAGUUGUUAAUUUUCGCACUCAACGGCAUGUUGGCAUCGGCCAAUCUCAUGGGCGUCUUACCUGCGUGCGCACCAGCCCUACUGCGUGCCGUUUCCAGGUGGGAAGUCAUGUGGGACAUGAUAAGGGGUCGCAUGGAGCCCGCCGCAUUCGAGAAAGCAGGCAUGAUCCGGUACAAUAGCGAGCUAUGCUGGAUAGCAAGAAAGCUCGUUCACGUCUCCAUCUCAGGAGACAGGAGUUCUGCGUACAUGCAGAAAGUUGGACACGACUCUCUCGUGCAACUGCAUGAGUUCGUGCGCCAGUACCGCGAUAGCUGA